AUGUUCAUGCAUUUGGAGGUUUAUUAUUACAUUUUCAUUCUGAUGACUCACAUGAAGUCUUGCUGCAGCUGGUCAGUGAAUAAUUUCCUGAUGACUGGCCCAAAGGCUUAUCUGAUCUACUCUAGCAGUGUAGCUGCUGGAGCCCAGAGUGGGAUAGAAGAAUGCAAGUACCAGUUUGCCUGGGACCGGUGGAACUGUCCGGAAAGAGCUCUUCAGCUCUCCACACACAGUGGACUCAGGAGCGCAAACAGAGAGACAGCGUUUGUCCACGCGAUCAGCUCUGCGGGAGUCAUGUACACUCUGACGAGAAACUGCAGCCUCGGCGACUUUGACAACUGUGGCUGUGAUGACAGCAGGAAUGGCCAAAGAGGAGGCCAGGGCUGGCUGUGGGGAGGUUGCAGCGAUAACGUGGGUUUCGGGGAGGCCAUCUCCAAACAGUUUGUCGACGCUCUUGAGACCGGACAGGACGCUCGAGCCGCCAUGAACCUCCACAACAACGAAGCCGGCCGCAAGGCGGUGAAAGGCACCAUGCAAAGGACGUGCAAGUGUCACGGCGUGUCUGGCAGCUGCACCACCCAGACCUGCUGGCUCCAGCUGCCCGAGUUCAGAGAGGUGGGCAACUACCUGAAGGAGAAGUACCACAAGGCGCUGAAAGUUGACCUGCUACGCGGCGCGGGCAACAGCGCGGCCAGCCGGGGAGCCAUCACGGAGACCUUCAGUUCCAUCUCCCGCAAAGAGCUGGUGCACCUGGAGGACUCUCCGGACUACUGCCUGGAGAACCGCACUCUGGGUCUGCCGGGCACGGAGGGUCGGGAGUGCCUGAAGAAGGGUAAGAACCUGAACAAGUGGGAGAAGCGCAGCUGCAAGCGUCUGUGCAGCGAGUGCGGCCUCGCCGUGGAAGAACGCAGGGCCGAGACCGUGUCCAGCUGCAACUGCAAGUUCCACUGGUGCUGCGCCGUUAAAUGCGAGCAGUGCCGCAAGACUGUCACAAAGUACUACUGCGUGAAAAAAGGUAAGCAAGCCAAGAACGAGAGCACUGGCCGCAGGAAGAACCUUCGGCUGAAGAAGAAGCACUAA